AUGAAGUGUAUCACAAAUGCAACGAUCGCUUUACUGUUACUCACUUUAUUACAACUAGCAGUUGUACUUCAUGGAGCAACAGUGUCUUAUGUUACCACUGCCAAGGGUGGCACAUCAAGCCAAAGAAAUGGUAGUACGGAGGGCGGGACUUUAUUGUGGGUGUAUGGAACUGGUUUCGCAAGGACGACUUUCAGCAAGGAGCCAUCGGACGACGCAUCGAAUUCCGUGAAACUCGUCAAUGGGAGCAAUUCUUAUGGCUGCAAUCUGCAAAGCGAAACAGGAACUGAGACUCAACUUGCCUGCUACACUACUCGUGUACCUGUAGGUGACUAUCUGGUUCAAGUCUAUGUUCAAGGCAGUCCUAUUCCCCGGAGUCAAUACAGUAAUCCAUCAAUAGCAACAUUCCUAGCAAGGUCAAAUAAUACACCACAGAUCAGUGUUAUAUCACCUGCAUCAGGCGAACCACAACGAAUGGUCUCAUUGUCGGGUGAUUUCAAAACGAAUUGCUAUCUGCAUGAUGAUGAUGGUUGCCGAGAGUCAAACGUUUCAGUCAUAUCCCGGGUGUACGUUGGUGGUCAAUCGUGUGACUUGGUCGAUAGUGAGCGUGGUGAAUAUUAUUCAAAUCUGAGUAAUACAGAUCUUCAAUGUCAUUUUAAAAGCAAUGAAGUCGGCAUAUUCAAUGUUACCAUGCUUGUAUCAAAUAACAAUGGCCGUUCAGCAAGUGAUUCAAGUCUCUAUCGCAUGUCUGGCACCGGUCAAUUAUACCAUUUUGAGACUUAUGCAGUUCUGAACAAUGUCUCAACGAGUAGCGGUAGUGUCGAAGGUGGUACAAUCCUAACAAUUCAAGGAGACCAUUUCGUGGGAAGUAGUGAAAAUCCGCUGGUCGUUAAUGUUGGCGAUGAGCCAUGCAACGUUCUUAGUAGCGAGCUAACUACGAUUCAAUGUCAAACGUCGCUGAAACCAAAUCAUACUCGAAACUACUACCAUGGUGGUCGUGGCCUUCAUGUAUAUCAGGAGCCCGGUUUUAUUUCUUUGAGAAAUUUGGGUAACGCAACACCUCCUAUGCCUAAUCCCAAUACCACUGGAACUUGGCAGGGAGAAGCUUCGUUCUCGUCGAACUUUCCACAACCCACUACAGUAUGGCUCAGAGGAUUCCUACGCCCACCAAUUCCGUCUGCCUACUAUUUUCAAUUGGAAACCAAUGCAGAUGCUAUUCUGUAUUUGAGUACUGACGAAGAUCCUGCUAACAAAGUACGAGUAGCUAGUACUGCAGCUCCGAGUUCAAGCAGAAUCGUACUCCAAAAUGAUACCGACUAUUAUAUGCUUUGUGUGGCGUCAACUCGUGGUGGUAGUUUUAGCUUGGCAAUAAAUUCGGCAAUACAGCCAGUCAAUUCAAGAACGGGUGCAAGUUCUGUUGGUACGAGCGAGAUUCAACAAAUUAGCAUUGGUGCACCUGCUUCCUACGAACAUCAGCGUAUUACCUACUUGACAAAUUCAUCUGUUGCCGGAAGAUCUGAAGUUCAGGAUGUAGAGGCCGUAUUUCAAAUAUUUCAAAUAGGAUUCGAUGGAGUCUACACAGCAUUACUCGAUGGUCCGCCCACACCAGCAUUUAUCCAAGAUGCACUUAAUGACUUGCCAACAAUUUUUCCAUUUUCGGUAACAGUAGCUCUUGUUGGCACCGCUUACAGAGUGACAUUUCCCGUCGAAAUGGGCAACGUCCCACUACUAACAGUCAUCUCGUCGGCAUACAGUCAUUCAAUAACAGCUGUUGAAAUAGUACAAGGUAUUUCUUCGGAAUCGCAAAUUGCUUUUACGCUUGACAGAGCAACAACGAAUUACAUGGAUUUUAUACAUGAUAACAUUACAGAUGCCAUAUUAACUGAUCAAUUUAUGAACCUAUUCAAUAUUCGAUGUCCACCAUCAUUGAACAACCCUCAGGUCUCAUCGUCUAUUGUUUAUGCGGAUGACUUUGAAGAUUUGGGCUGUUCCAAUGACACAUUGAACAUUAUAGAUACAGCUUUUUGUGGCUGCGGUGCCCUUAAAGAUUCAAGUCAAGAUCUUGUUAUAGGAAACAAUCAGGUCGCUGCUUACAUGUGUUUGGCCUAUAAGGUUGUUACUGGAGGCUCAUUAACUCUGAACUUCCUAGUUGUGAGCGAUAGCAAUCCACCUGUUCUCGAAACUAUCCCACAAACUAUAACGGCAGAUUCACGUUGGCACUAUAAUUGUAUCGAUCUGCUUGACAUGCUCGAGCAGUACAAUCCUAUGUACAUGGCAGUUACGACAUUCACAAUUCUUCAAGUCAAUAUCAGUUAUUUCACUCCAUUGACUAUGAUUGAUACAGUUACAUUGCGUAUCGAUCAACCUAUCGGUUAUGAGGAUUCGAAUACUCUUACGCAAACGGAUCUGUCAGGAUUAGGACCAUGCACAUUUCCAUUCACUUAUAAUGGCCAAAAUUAUUUUUCGUGUGUACUCGACGAUCAAAAUCAGCCAAUAUGCGGCUUGACUAACAACACCCGAUUCUACUGUCAGAGUUCAUCAAUUGAAGGUGUUCGACGACUCUUUCCGAAAUAUCAAAUGCUCCGUAGUUCAUUUCAAGUUACUCAUGUACCUGCACAACAAACUAUCGAUAUUUCGUUUCGAUACGCUGCAUGCAUGUCAUCAUCAUUGAUCAGUGUUGUACCACCGAAUGUUGGUCAAGUAACUUCGAUCUCGAACGCGUCAAAAGCAAUCGGUGGUGAUUAUUCGAUCAUGUUUGAUGGAAAGGUCUAUUCGCCAAUUCCAGUAGCAAUAGAUGGAUCAAGUUUGGCAAAUAUAUUUCAAUCGUUUGCAGACUUUGGUUUUGUUGGUGUGACUCGUACAGGAGACUGUAAUCAAUAUGCAUAUACAAUUCAAUGGCUAGCAAAUGGUGAGCAACCAUUAAUUACGAUACAGAAUGCAUCUCAAGUGACACCAGUGAACACACCAAUGAGUAUUUCUUCCAUACAACAUGGCACUAGCACUAAUGUAUUCUACAAUCUCCCAACUGAUGUACUACGUACUUAUCACACGACACCUCAGGUUGAGGUACUUGUCGGCGGUUAUUCUACACAUUGUUCUCAAGACGAAAAUAAGUGUGAAUUUCAAGUAUCACCUAAUCAAACACCUCAGAUAACAUCAGUGCAACAGAGUGGUGCAUCAGUGACAAUUCAUGGUAGUGGAUUCAGUAGUCAACCAGAGUCGAAUAUGGUUUUGAUCGGUGAGACGGGUACGUGUACUGUCCAAACAGCUAGUCCAACGCAGAUUGUAUGUACUCUUGUUAACGCACCUUCUGGUCAACAAAGUCUACGACUGAACAUUGCUGAGAAAGGUAUUGCGUCAUGUAAUCAAAGUCUUACGGUUAAUGUACCGCUAACAAUCGUUUCGUUUGCUCCAAAUGGCGGAGAUUCUGGAGGAGGUUACAUGUUGACUGUUACUGGUAGCGGAUUCUCAUCGAAUGCUGUAGUCAAACUUGGUGAACAUUUCUGUUUGAACAUAACUGUGAUUAGUUUUACUACCAUUCAAUGUACCGUUCCUCCAAGCGAUGCAAGUAGCUUAACUCAAGUGACACUGACCGCCAUGGAUGGCCUAAUGUCAACGACAGCAACGAACCGAUUUACGUACAAUGUGACAAGCGCUCCUAUUAUCACUUCCAUCAGUCCAACCUCUGUGACAAUGAGUGGUGGACAAUUACAAAUCAAUGGUGCGGGUUUUGGUUUUGGAAAUAUUGCAGUUGUUAUCGGCACGAAGAAGGCACGUCUUUUAGUAUCAACCAAUAAUUAUAUUUUAGUUAGCUUAAGUUCUCUACCGCCCGGACUUUAUCCAAUCAUAGUCAAUACUUCGAGUGGUUGUGCACGGCCACUCUUUUACAUUGAAUACCAAUUCUAUGUACAAGAGAUAUCACCAAAAGUCGGCUCGGCAUACGGCGGUACCGAUGUUUAUCUAAACGGAGUUGGAUUUGAAAAUGAGACGCGCGUUCAACUUCGGAAUGACGACAAUCAAGUUUCGCCAUGCAACAUAAUAUCAGUUCAAUCGAAUCAGAUUCAUUGUCAAACGACGGUCAGUGCUCGUCAAGUGAAUAUCACAUCAUUUGGUACUCAUCCAAUAUAUGGUUUUGGUUAUUCAUGGUACCCUAUUCGUGAAACAGUAGAACAAGGCACGACCGUUAUGUGGUAUUGGGAUUCAUCUCAACUUUCUUCACCAGUCUAUUACAAAGUACAACAAGUCGAAAAUGCCUAUAGUACUACACCAGCAUCGAAUGGUUUCGAUUCUGGCGCAGUCAGUACUUCUGGCUCAUUUUCUUAUCGAUUUGAUACAUUGGGUACUUUCUACUACUGGGCACCGAAUGUCAAUCCGUCGGCAGGCUAUUCAAUGCGAGCUGCGGUUGAUGUUAUACCUCUACAAUCGAAGACGGUAACAAUCGAAGCCACUAGGAACACGUUUACUGCUCAAACAUGCGCUUUCCCAUUCAUUUUCAAUUCGGUCAACUACACAGCAUGUACGACGACCAAUGAUACACAACCAUGGUGUUCACCGACACCAGCCUAUACAGGGCAAAGACUCUAUUGCACACCAGCAGUUCCAAUACCAAGUCCAUCAUGUUCAUCGACUACUCUUAAUGCAAGUUCAUGUGGCGAGACGGUACCAACGUCGUCUAGUCCAGGUCGAUUUCUUACUACAACAUGCAUGGUGGAAUCGGUCACAUCGAUAUCACCAACGCAAGGUGCCGCUGGAACUGAAUUAAUAAUAACAGGCACGAACUUUAAUGGCAGUAUCUGUGACUAUGAUAUUCAAAUCGGACCGUCAUAUCAUUGUCCCAUAGUGAAUAUGUCUUCGAGUGAACUCCGAUGUCAAAUUACACCACUCUCUAUGCUAGAUCCAAGAACGACUUAUAUGGUUCGUGUUGUUCGUGCUCAACAAGGUUAUCUUGCCAGUCAAAGCCAACUGCAAUUUCAGUUUCUUCCAUCAAUUUCAAAUAUAACUCCGAUGAUAGGAUCAAUUUAUGGUGGAACGUUCGUGACAAUCGAUGGCGAUGGAUUUAUAUCAGGUGUCACGUUAGUCUCUGUCCCAGUUGCAAAUUAUACAUAUGUAGGACCUACAUCGUACUCACAAAUGAACUUCACUACUCCUCUGCAAUCACAGUUUGUUGAUGUUGAUUUGAACUUAUUUGUUGUUGUUUAUACGACUCCAUCGGAAUGCCUAUUAUCAUCAUGCCAUUUCGCAUGGACAACACAGAUUACACCAUAUUUUGACUCCGUGGACCCUCCGAGAGUUCGAGGACCAACAAACUUGAAUAUUACCGGUAGAAAUUUGCUCAGUGGUGGCGGCACAGCUGCAACAACUCAUGUGACCAUAAAUGAUAACCCAUGUAAUAUAACGCAAAUGCAGAAUGACAUGAUCAUGUGCACGGUUACGGGUGUCGAAUCUGGUGAUCAUCCUAUUGUUGGAUCUAUUGAUGGGGUUGGAGAUGCGUAUUCAUCCGCUAAUAUAACAUCAGAUGCCUAUAUCUCCACAGUAGCACCUUUAGUAGGUAGCAUUCAUGGUGGUGCAACAUUAACGAUCGAUGGUCAUGGUUUCUCAAAAAACAUCAGCGGUGUUCAAGUCAAUAUUGACUCCAAUCCAUGCUCCGUAACUGAGACUUCAGACAUUCAAGUUAAAUGUACUAUACCACCUCAAAAUAAUAGUACUAAUACAGCAAGUAUUACUAUUACAUCUGAACAAACUUUGUUUCCAACUUCGUUGACGUUCAGUUAUAAUCGUACAAUCACGCCUGAUAUCAGUUCCGUUAGCCCAACCUUCGGUAGCGGUUCGCAGGUAUUGCAUGUUACUGGAAAUAAUCUGAAUAGCACUGGAAAGACCAGUAUAUCAGUUGGAAACACUCCAUGCAAUGUUAGUAGCCAUUCGAUGACAUCAGCCACAUGUACAGUAAGUUCAGAUCUACCAGCUGGUAAUCAUACCGUACGUGUUAAUAUCGAUGACGUCGGCGACUCUAAUGAUGAUGUUCAAUAUCAACAUGAUUUGACUGUAACAAAUGCGACACCAUCUGAAGGAGGUUAUGGCGGUGGUGUACAAAGUACCAUUAACGGGAACGGCUUCAAUGGAACUAAUGUCAACGUAAGCGUAUGCAAUAUAUCUUGCGUAUCAGUACAAGUUAUUUCAAAUCGUCAACUCAAUUGUGAAACACCUCCAAUGACCAUGACUUCAACCAAUACACUAUGUAAUGUGUCAGUAGAUGUCGAUGGUAUACAAAAACAAACUUCCUUCACCUAUAAAAGUAAUUUGACAGCAACAAUAACAUCAGUAACUCCCAAUCGGGGUGGGACGGGUGGCGGAACCACAAUUAUAAUUAAUGGAACGAAUUUUCCAACCAAUAUCAAUGCAGUUUCAGUGACUAUUGCUGGCGUUCCGUGUUUCAUGCUAUCUGUCUCAAGAACGAGUAUUAUGUGUCAAACCGGUGGCUAUCCAUAUUCAAGUGUGCAAGCACCUAUAUUGGUGGCUAUCAACGGCAGUGGUUAUGCAGUUGGCUCAGUCUACUUUGAAUACAUGAAUCUUUGGUCAAGUCAGUGGACAUGGGGUGGUGAUGAUCCACCAGAAGAGGGAACACUAGUUGUGAUUGACAGUCAAAACACAAUUUACUUGGAUAUGCUGACACCAGUUUUGAAAGUGCUUAUCAUUGAUAAUGCAACAAUGAUCUUCGACGAUAAUCAAGAUGUUACUUUGAAUGUCGAAUAUAUUAUUAUUAUUAACGGUGGUCGUCUCAUUGUUGGGACAGAAUCAAAUCCGUUUCAACAUCGUGGUGUCAUUACUAUAUAUGGACAUUUGAGAUCGAUUGAAUUGCCUAUCUAUGGUGCAAAAGUAUUGGCUCUCCGUGAAGGUACAUUAGACAUGCACGGAAGACCAACGAUUCAAACAUGGGCACAAUUGGCAACUACGGCUAAUAACGGCUCAUCGACAAUUACUCUUAUUCAGCCUGUCAAUUGGACUAUUGGUAGUCAAAUUAUUAUUGCAACGACGAGUGAUCGUUUCAGUCAGCGAGAAAGUGAAAUUCGUCAAAUUAGAAACAUUUCAUCGAAUGGACUCAUUCUCACGUUAGAUAGUCCAUUAAUGUACACUCAUCUAGGUCUUGUACAAUCUGUAAAUUCAGUAACAGUUGAAGUUCGUGCUGAAGUUGGUCUUCUCACACACAAUGUUGUUUUUCAAGGUGAUGUUACUCCAACAUGGAAUGAUACCAUAGCAGCAUGUCCGGCUGGGUUUAAUCCAGAUGAAUUUGCUGUGCAAACAUGUUUUCUUGGUCGAUAUGGACAGGAGAUCGGCUCAGAUCAAUUCGGUGCGAUGAUUAUGGCUAGCCAAGGCAGUAAUGUUACUAACGAAACUCAACAUAUUGUUGUCCGCUUGUCGAAUGUCGAAAUCCAUCAUGUCGGUCAAGCGUUUCGUCUCGAUCGCUAUGCCAUACAUUUCCAGAGCAAUGGUAAUAUGAGUGGAUCUUAUGUGAAAUCAUGUUCAAUUUAUGAAUCAUUCAAUCGAGCAAUACACAUUCAGGCUACUGAUUUCAUUACUAUGGAGAACAACGUGCUCUACAAUAUCAUGGGAAAUGCAAUGUUUCUAUCAGAUGGUGUUGAAAUUGGACAUGUUUUUCGAGGAAAUCUGGCAGUUUUCAUUCGAACCAGCUCGAGCCUUCUCAAUGAUGAUCUUACACCGGCCGCAUUCUUGUUGAGCAAUCCUAAUAAUAUUGUGGAGUUCAAUGCAGUGGCUGGUGCCACUCAUUUCGGUUAUUGGUAUCGAUUCACCGAUCAACCCGAGGGUCUUUCACUUGAAAACUAUCCGAACUAUUGCCCAAAUCGACAACCGUUUGGUCGGUUCAUCAACAAUACUGUACACAGCACUGGUCGAUUCGGAGUGUGGAUCUAUCCUGAGUAUGCUCCAACCAUGACGGGUGACUGUAAUGGUACUAAUCCCACAAGUGCAACAAUUGAUGGGCUAAUCGCAUGGAGAAAUAAUAAAGGAAUCGAAGUCGUCAUGUCCCGUACGAUAGAAAUCAGGAAUGCAUUAGUUUUUGAUAAUGCUGAUUCGGGUAUCGGUUACAUCACAGCAGUUGGUCAUCAAGAAACUAAUCCACUAUAUAUUCGCCCGACGUUCUAUGAUGGUACAAAUGGCUCAUUAGUGAUCGAUAGUGUCAUUAUCGGUGACACUGGUAUUUCUGCUGUGCCAGUCGUUCCAGUUUCUGGUGGUCUUAUAGUCAUGUGGGAUCGUGGUCUACGUGUUCGUAAUGUUAUAUUUAUGAAUUUCCCGAGUAAUGAAACACGUGCCCUAUAUGGACCAAUUAUUCUUGAUCGAUGUACUGAUCGUUGUGGAGGUUGGUUAACAAAGUUCUCUAAUAUUUCGUUUAUCAAUGUGCUAGUCCGUGGAAAGUUUCGUUGGGCAUAUGAUGGGUUGUACUGUGAUGAAGAUGGUAGUUUGAGUGGACAACCAAAUUCAGUCAUCAUGGCACCUGAUGGUCUGACAAAUACAUCAUUGACCUGUACGUCAGCAGCCAAUUUCGAAAAUGCAAUUCAGUGUCCUUUGUCACAAGGCGCAUGGCUACGAUUUUCUUUCCGUGAAAUAUUAGAAAGAUCGUUAGGGCGUCUAUUUAUUUACAAUGAUGUUAAUUCAUCAACAAUCAUCCCAUGGCUUCCUCAACAACUGACCUAUCCUAACGGAUACUUAACCGACUUAAGAGCUAAUCAGACGUAUACGUUACGAUUCGAAACCUCUAUAACUGCCGACACUAUGAUAUACACAGGUGUCAUUUAUGAUGUAGCACCGGGAGACUUCAUAAUUAUUCAACAUCAUAUGUUUGUCUUACCAUAUAGAGCAAAUACUACAAUUGAUCGACAAAUGAUUCUCGGGUCAACGACACCACUAUCUGGAGCAACAAGUAGUAAUGGUGACUGGUACUAUGACUACGUUUCUUCUCUCUUCUCAUACAUAGUGCAAAAUCCGGUGACGGCCAAUACAAGUGUUGAUAUAGAACUAUCAUAUCAGAUCUAUGUAUGUCCUUGUAAUGGCUGUAGUUGUCCGCCUACAACAACCACUUCGACAACCAGUUCUACCUCGACAUCAGCCACAACUGCUUCGACUACGUCACAAACAACUACAACGACUACGUCGGCUACGACAACAACGACAACGUCAGCUACUACAACUACGACAACGUCAGCUACGACAACGACAACAACAUCUGCAACAACAACGACGUCAACAACAACAACAACGAGUACGGCUACGACGGCUACGACAAGUACGGCAACAACAACGAUAUAUCUAGCACCUAUACAACCUUGCUAUGAACUACCAAUAAAUCCACAAUUGUGUCAAAGUAUUGACGUGAGAUAUUGGUCGAUCGAUGCACACUGGACAUUUGGUCCGCAAGAUUAUCCUAAUUGGUCGGGAGCGAAGCCUGGUGAUGGUCGCAAUAUCUAUGUUCCUCGCUGUGUCUGGCUAAUCAUCGAUUAUCCACUUCCAAUUAUUCAUGCAUUUCGCGUUGAUGGUGUGGUCGAGUUUCAACAAGGACGGAAUCAUAUAAUGAAUGUUGACAGCAUCAUUAUUAAUGGCGGUCGAUUGGUUGCGGGUCUACCAACUGCUCCUUUUAAUGGCAGUAUCGAUAUAAUUAUGAAAAAUAGUGGUCCAGUUACUAUACAAUGGCCUCCAGGCGUUCCAAAUAUACAACAGAAAAUGAUCACUGUUUUGGGUGGUCUUGAUUUACAUGGUACACCACGUGGAAUAUCAUGGACGCGACUUGCUUCGACUGCUAAUUCAGGUCAAAAUAUGAUCGUUCUGCGACAGUCUGUUAAUUGGACCGUCGGUGACGAAAUAAUUAUAACGACGACCGACAUGCUCAUGAAUCAUACGGAACGACAUCGCAUAGUCAGUAUCCUCAACGGCAACACAAUUUAUACAGCAGCACCACUAUCGUAUACUCAUCGUGUCAUUCUGAAUACAUUCGCUAAUGGAAAAAUCAUCAAUAUAGCUUCUUCAGUUGGAUUAUUAACACACAAUGUACGUGUGAUCAGUCAAAAUUCACCUUCAGAUGUUGCUGGUUUCCGGAUAUAUGUUGCUGCGUAUCAAACAAAUAUGUUUCAUAUUUACUCCGGUCUUUAUUCCAGUGCAUGCUAUAAAGGCUAUGUUCGAAUAUCGAAUACACAAUUUAUUGGUUUCGGACAGUUUGACGACAGCUAUAAUACUGAACAACGAGCAGGUAUCUAUUUUACUGGUCUCGGUAAUUACGAUCCUAAUCGGGCUACUUACAUCGAUUCGUCGUCAUUUGAUGGUGGGAACAAUGCAGCGAUCAGUAUGUUAGGUACAAAUGGUGUACCCAUCACAAACAAUGUUGUAUUCAACACAUAUAGAGCAGGCAUUGUUAUCACUGGAACGAAUAAUAUCGUCCAGAAUAAUCUUGUUGCAACUGUCUAUUGGUUGGGUACAGGUCAAAUACCAUCAGUGGCCGAAUUUAAUUUCAAUAAUGAUGGUGCUAUUAUGACUCGCGACGUUACCAGUGUAAGACUACUGGAUAAUUUGGUAGUUGGCGCUGAACGUGUAGCUUAUCGAGUUCAAGGUGAAACAUGCGGAGGUCCAUCUAUUUUUGUACCAGCAAACAUAACGAACCAAUAUUCGAACAAUGAAGCUCACUCAGUAUUUUCCGGUGUUAAUCUCUGGCCUUCAGACAGAGGAUAUACGUACGAUCGACAAUGCGUUCUAAUCAGAGGAUUCAAAGUUUACAAAGCUUGGUAUUACGCUUUCUACAUCAAUACACCGCGCAAUAUUUCUAUCAAUUCAUGUAUGUCAAUUGAUAGUCAAGUGGGCAUUUUCACUUAUGUGAUUGGACCUUCAGCUGUAACACAUACAAUCAUUAGUAGUCGCAUUACUAUCAGCGACUCGGUUUUAAUUGGUGCCAUAACACCACAGGAUUGCAAUGACACAAUGGAUACUAGUACUCAGAAUAUUCGUCUGUCACAAAUGGCUAUACCAGGAGUGUUAGACAGUUCAUCUUUGAAUAGAACUGGUGGUCGAGUUGGUAUAGUCUUUCCAACAGUGUCUAGAAAUAAUUACAUGCCUAUUCGUUCUUGGACUGGUAUUGGUGUUUAUCCAUGUCUUAGCGGCUUGAUGUCAAUCACGAAUACAACACUCGCUUUCUUCAAUGAUGCUUGUAAUCGGCAUGAUGUCGCCAUUCAGGUGUCACAGAAGAAUGAUGAUGGACAAUUUCCAAUCAUGACAAGUUCCAUGUUUGUCUAUAAUAGUUCGCAGAAUAAUCUUAUUUUCAACGGUCUACCAAACUUAGGUGUAGUGAAUCCGAGUAGAUGCGGUGACAUGGAUUGUGAUGGCCUAAAAAAAGAUCUGGUUACCGACACUGAUGGAUCAUUAUUUGGUCAAGCAUCUAGUAUUUUCUCAGACUCUGAGGCUCUAUGGGGAAGUCAACAACAUGGGAUCGGAGAUUUUCGUAUUCCAAGAGUGGCGCUGACUAGUCUGACUGGACUACAAGUAAAUAUUAACCUGACUCAUCCAUAUCGUGGCAUUAGUCGCACGAAUUCUUGUUCCCUUCGACCGGCAUGGGGAAUGUAUAUGUGCAACUUUAGUACUGACUACCGUAUGCUGAUCAUUGAAAGUAUGGAUUCAGACACGGAAAAACGACGUGUUUCACCUGUUGCUGUUAUGUCAACGAGUGGCUAUAUUGAUCUUAUCAAUGGACCUCAAGAUCAAACAAUUUGCAACGGAUAUUCAUGUCAAAAACGUAUAUCAACAUUCAUGUCUAUUGUUCAAUCGGGACAAACAUACGAAAUAUAUUUUUCAAGCACUCCACCCAAAUAUCUUCGUUUUCGUUUACUCAAUGCUAACACGGCAAUAAAAUGCAUCUUGGCCGUAUACUAUUAUUCGCUACAACAAAUUGAUAUCUACGCCAAUACAUUAUAUGUACCGCCGACUAAUCGAGAUCUUCGUUAUCCUGGUCUUAUGUUACUCGAUCAACCUAAUGGCGUGACACCCACAUCACCGGCUGGAAGUAACUUUUUCAACAGGACUUAUCAGAUGGCGUAUUUUGCCAUCGAUGGCAACAGUACAAUCGAAGUGAAAAUGUCACCGUUGCUCAUUCUUUCAUUUGGCUUUCCACCAAUGAAUCCAGCAGCGUUUUUCUCGGCCAAUAUUGUUAGCAAUCUGGCUGCUUUGCUCAAUAUCAGCCCUGACAAAAUCCGUCGUAUGAAUGUUGUCUCAGCCGCGAGUAAUAUACGUAUUCGUCGACAAACACCUCCUGUAGUGUCAGUACAACUUCAAAUGGAGCUGCGUGAUGAGCCAAGACCCAGCACAACUGCAGCAACGGGCAUUCGAGCAGAGAUUCUUGCUAACAUAGCUUCUGCGAUCAUCAAUCGUUAUCAAGCAGGUGAACUGCAGGUAUUAUGGGGAAUAUUAAACAUAACAAAUGGCAUUAUUACAUCAAAUUUAACUGUGCAAGAACCAUUUCAGGACUUUCAAGUCAAUUUGAGUGUUAUCGCUCAACUUGUAUUAGUAACACCACCAGGUGAUUGUCGUCAACAAAGUCCAUGUACAAUUCAACCUGUACUUAUCGCAUAUGAUGUACAAGGGAAUGUCAUUCAAAAACUAGGUUCAAAUGGCCAACCAUGGCAAGUACAAGCAACCCUAGUACAUCAGCCCAAUGUUGUUUUAUCAGGUGGCAUAGCAAACUAUACAAAUGGACAAACACAGUUUACCCAACUCUCCCUGCCGGAUAAUGGUACUCAACCAGUUCAGUUUACUAUGAUGGUGCCGUAUGGUGUCAACGGCUCAUUCUUCAUGGCAAUGAACCUUACAGUGCAAAGUGGGAAUAUAUCAGUGGGUCCGGCACAACCUGCUGGUCAACAAAUCAACAAUAUCUAUUUAGUGAAUUCUAAUGAGUCUUUUAGUGUAUCAGUUAAGCCCAUCGACAGUGUUACGCAACUACCACUCGGACAUGUUCAAUGGGGUACUUGGCGAUGGACCUCGAAUGUCACCUUGUAUACGUUACCGAGCUUUAAUCGGCAAGGAUUUCUGGUAACAAACGGUUCAUCAAGAACGAAUGCUAAUCUUACAGCAGUUGCAGUCACCAUUACUAAUCUAAGAAUAAAUGGCACGGGUAUGUUCAUGCUGAACAUUUGCCUCAGCUCGUCAAACAAUCAAUACAACAUAAUGGUUCUAUCUAGUGCUAUUCUCGUUGCCAAUGACAAAAGUAUCAUAGCCACUGAUCCGCAAGGAUUUUCAAGUAACAUUACAUCACAAGGCAAUUUUGACGCACUCAAUGCCAGUAAUCAACUAGAAAUCACACGUGCACUGCUCUACAACUAUUUGCUUAGUAUUGGCAUGCCACUGAUUAGCGAUAUGAUUUUAGUCAAAGGUGGUUCGAGUACUAUCGUGGCACUGUUCGAGGUAGAUCCAUUGCCAUCCAACGUAGCAACUGCCGUUUCUACAUUACUGUCCAAUCCCAACGCUGUAUCAAGUCUAACGUUUGUCUCAGUAAAUAUUAACACUCGCUCCUAUUCAGUACCAGACUCUUCAAGCAAUAACACGAACUCAAGUGGCGACAGUGGUUCAAAUAAUCUACCAAUUAUACUUGAAGUUACAAUUCCUGUUGGCACUGCUCUUGUGGCUGCUAUAGCUGCAAUUAUAGCAUAUGUGGUGUAUACAAAAUUUGCCGCAGCAAAUAGCGUUGCACCAAUGGCAAAUGCUGCAUCACUAAGCACAUCAAAUGUUGAACUAAUUCAACACCAGCCAUUCUCGUUUACUGCAUCAUCAGCACAUCCUCUUAACGUCCACGUUACGACAUUAUUCAAUCCUUCUCCAUCUACUGCUACGCAGCCUUACCUGAUUCCAAUUCAAUGA